AUGUGCACGGUCGUUGUUGCUCGUCUGUGGUGCAGUGUAAGGACUAUGAGUGAUGAUUCGUCGUACGUUCUUUAGAUUGCGAGUCGGAACAUAUAUCAGCUACUGUCUGGUUGCUUUCAUAAGCCGAGUUUGAUCUUUUCGUAUUGUGUAACAUUUUCGUGGGAAGAUGCCGAUCGUUCCCAAAAAACGAUCCAUUUCAGCGAGUGAAGUGAAGUAUCCUCAAUUCAAGAGACCCUAACUUUUUUACAUUUUUUGUUUGGCAAUAACAAGAUUCUAGACCAUAGCUCUCAUGCGUGGAGUUAAUGUAGAAAAUUCCUAGAGGCACCAUAAAAUGAGCAAUACGGUGCAGAGAACUCCUAGGUCAGGUGGACGGUCAUUAUUUUUCCAAGAUUUGGCGACUCCUGUUUCUUCCAGGAGGGGAAAGUUUUCGAGCCCUGGCCAGGCUGCUGCAGUGUCCGCUCUUUGGCGAGAAAAUUUCGGGGCUUCAGAUCUUCCGCCACCUCCCAUUUACACCUUGGAAGAUCGCUCUGAUUUCUCGCCAGAAUCUGGCAUUCCUGACUAUCCAAUGUCCCCAGAGAUCAAGUCGGACCCAAGAACCCCAGCUCAGAGCUCUGGCCGGGAUUUCUCCACUCUUAAAAAUAAAUCUGAGGCAAGCACUUCGUAUGCUCUUAAGAGUGGGCAGCAAAACCAACAGGGUUCAGGGAAUUUGAAUUGGUGGUCGCCUGCAAAGAGUCCUAGUGAGCCGGAGGAUAAGGGAAAAGGUUCACCAGUUGAGGGUGUUGUUCAGCAUAGUGCACUUAUCACUCUUCCACCUCCAAGGGAAGUUGCUAGGCCAGAGAUGCAGAGAAAUUGCUUGCCUGCGGGUAACCUCGACGAGGAAGAAUGGGUUACUGUCUAUGGAUUUUCUCCAGGUGAUACCAAUUUAGUUCUAAGAGAGUUUGAAAAAUGCGGUGUAGUAUUGAAACAUAUUCCUGGGCCAAGAGAUGCAAACUGGAUGCAUAUUCUUUAUCAGAACCGUGCUGAUGCUCAGAAGGCACUCAACAAGAAUGGGAUGCAAAUAAACGGUAUACUUAUUGUUGGUGUGAAGCCCAUCGAUCCUAUGCAACGGCAAGCUCUGAAUGAGCGACUCAACAAUCAAGGCUUCAUGCCUUUGCCUCCACCAACCAGGAGUACAGAUUUGGUUCCUCGUAGAUCAUCUCCUCAUCCAUACUAUCUCCAAAAUGGCACUUCUAGCAAGAAUCAGUCAGGAGGUGCCAUUGCUUCUCCUGCCAAGUCUGUGGUUUCCAAAAUUAUGGAUUUGAUGUUUGGGGUUUAGGCAAGCAACGCUGCUCACUCAAACAGUCUAGGCAGCAACCUUGAACAGUUUGAGUGAUCCAUCAUCUGGGAAGAGAUUUUGUAUUCUUAACUCUCCUUUUCUCUUUUUCUGUUGUUGCUUUUUCGGUGAUUGUGUCUGUAUACUGCAGAGCUGGGAUCCAAAGGUUGAAUGAUGAGUUCUUGUUUUGUUCUUUAAUUGGAGGCAAACAGAAGAUACAAAACAUGGACAAUGUUCCAGUGUACCUCCUUGUCCAUUGUGGUACCCUCUACGUAUGGGCCAUUGUUACCAGCAGAUAUUGGAGGGUUUUUACUCUCUUGGACAUCCCAAACAGAGAAUAUGCAAUUUCGACAUA